CUCCUCCCUCUCUCUCCCCUCCUUAUCCCCCCCCUCUCUCUCUACAUUGUACACAGAUCUGACCCAACAAGGUGUUCUACAUUUACUCUGCCAGCCCAGUAUUCCCGCCGCCGUUGUAUGUCCGCAGUCUCUGGUCAUCUCAUGUACAAUGUCCGCAGUCUCUGGUCAUCUCCUGUACCGUGUCCGCAGUCUCUGGUCAUCUCCUGUACCGUGUCCGCAGUCUCUGGUCAUCUCCUGUACCGUGUCCGCAGUCUCUGGUCAUCUCCUGUACCGUGUCCGCAG